GAAUAAUCAAAUCAGACAAGGUAUUUGAAGUAAUGCUGGCCACAGACCGUUGCCACUAUGCAAAAUACAACCCUUAUAUGGAUUCUCCACAGUCUAUAGGGUUCCAAGCAACAAUCAGUGCUCCACAUAUGCAUGCAUAUGCUCUUGAACUUCUGUCCGAUCAGUUACAUGAAGGAGCCAAAGCACUUGAUGUAGGAUCUGGAAGUGGUAUCCUUACAGCAUGCUUUUCGCGAAUGGUGGGUCCCAAAGGACAAGUUGUAGGAAUUGAUCAUAUCAAAGAACUAGUAGAUGACUCAAUAAAUAAUGUCAAAAAAGAUGAUCCCACAUUGCUGUCUUCAGGAAGAGUGAAACUGAUUGUGGGAGAUGGAAGAAUGGGAUAUGCAGAAGAAGCUCCCUAUGAUGCGAUUCAUGUAGGAGCUGCAGCACCAGUUGUGCCCCAAGCACUUAUAGAUCAGUUAAAACCUGGCGGAAGAUUGAUAUUACCAGUUGGUCCUGCAGGGGGAAACCAGAUGCUCGAACAGUAUGACAAACUAGAAGAUGGCAGUGUCAAAAUGAAGCCUCUGAUGGGAGUGAUAUAUGUGCCUUUAACAGAUAAAGAGAAGCAGUGGUCCAGGGAUGAAUUGUAAAAGCUACAUCAUCUUGACCCAAACAUAGUGUUACAGUGGACUGCUCAUCUCCAGUUCUAAAAGCUUUUUGAAAACCAACAGCAUUGCAGCUUGUUUUGGACUUCGUUAUACUGUUGUUAUCAGCAUGGAAAAGCGUGGUGUUUGUUUUAUUUUUUUAGAUGCUCAAGGCAAAUCUGAUAAAGAAAUGGUGGAAAGUUUUAUGUGGGCACUGUUUUAUUUAACAUGCCUUUAUUUUACUUUCAUCUGUUCGAAGUGAAUUUCUGCAAAACUGCAGAUAAAGACCUAUAGCUUGUGAACUCUAAUUUUGAUGGGGGUACUUGAACACUCACUUUUCUCGGCUCCUGUGUCCCUUGGUAAAACUGCUUCUGUGCACCUUACGACACUACGUAGGUAAUACCAGGUUUUCUGUGUUCCGACGUCUGCUAGAUGCUACUAAAAGGAGAUGAUCUUCCUUUUUAAGCUUUUGACAUGGUGUCAUAGACUAGCAUGUAGUAGAUACAAUCAGCUGCUUUAUUACCUUAAAACCAGGCAUUUGUAUAUAUUAAACUUCAAGACAUCAGAGGUGGGUGGCCGCUCUUAUCAAACAUUGCUGUUCAACUUGGACAUAACGGACGUAGUUUUCCCUUUCCUUCUAAAAUUAAUUAAUGGAGUCUUGGAAUUCUGUUUUAGUUUAUAGCUCACUACUGGUGUGAUACACAUGGAUUUAACUGCAUAAAUAUGAUGUUAGCUAUGUCCCAGUCACUGAAAAGUUUAUGCAAUGCUGCUCUGCCAAAUAACGUUAAAAGCAAAAGGGGACAUGCAUGCUUGUGUGGAAGAUUAGGAUCAGUAUGUAGAAGACUACUGAGAUAUGGAUUGCUAGAUUCUUUAAAAGAAAAUACCCAGUUUGGUUCUAAAAGAAACUUGCUUU